CGGCGGGAAAGAUGAAGAACGAAAUUGCUGCUGUUGUCUUCUUUGUCACAAGGCUAGUUCGAAAACAUGACAAGUUGAAAAAAGAGGCAGUUGAGAGGUUUGCUGAGAAAUUGACUCUUAUACUUCAAGAAAAAUAUAAAAAUCACUGGUAUCCAGAAAAACCUUCAAAAGGGCAGGCCUACAGAUGCGUUCGUGUCAAUAAGUUUCAGAGAGUUGAUCCUGAUGUCCUGAAAGCCUGUGAGAAGAGCUGCAUCUUGUACAGUGAUCUAGGCUUACCAAAGGAGCUCACUCUGUGGGUGGAUCUGUGUGAGGUGUGCUGUUGGUAUGGAGAGAAAAGCAAUGCAUUCAUUGUUGCCAGCUUUGAAAAUGAGGAUGAGAACAAGGAUGAAAUCUCCAAGAAAGUUACCAGGGCCCCUGAUAAGGUUACCUCUGAUUAUCAUUCAGGUUCCUCUUCUUCAGAUGAAGAAACAAGUAAGGAAGUAGAAGUGAAGCCCAGUUUGGUGACUGUGACCCCAAGCCCUGUGUACCAGAUUUCAGAAUUGAUAUUCCCUCCUCUUCCAGUGUGGCACCCUUUGCCCAGAAAAAAGCCAGGAAUGUACGGAGGGAAUGGUCAUCAGAAUCACUACCCUCCUCCUAUUCCAUUUGGUUAUCCAAAUCAGGGAAGAAAGAAUAAACCGUAUUGCCCAAUUCCAGUAACAUGGGUACCUCCUGGAAUACAUUGUGACCGGAAUCACUGGAUUAAUCCUCACAUGUUAGCACCUCACUAG